AUGGGGGGUGGAAGCGGGAUCAGAGUCACUGAGGUGGACUGGCAGCGGCCAAGGAAUGGUGCUGCCCACCACACCCAGGAGUACCCUGGCUCUGAGCUGGUGGUCCGCAGGAACCAGAUGUUCACCUUAACACUGGAGCUGAGCCGAGCCUUGUCGACUGAGGAGGCCGUCAUCUUCACGGUGGAGACAGGACCCCAGGCUUCCGAGGCCCUCCGCACCAAAACUGUGUUCCAGACCGCAGAGCUGGAGGUGGGCGACACCUGGACGGCAGUGAAGGAGGCUCAGACAGAGAACACCGUGACAGUCUGUCUUGCCAGCCCUCCUGAUGCUGUCAUCGGCCGCUACCAGCUGAGCGCCAGGGUUUCCUCCCGCCGCAAACACAGCGACCGGAAGCUGGGCGAGUUUGUUCUCCUUUUCAAUCCCUGGUGCCCAGAGGAUGACGUGUUUCUGGCCUCCGAGGAGGAGAGACAGGAGUACGUGCUCAAUGACAGCGGAAUCAUCUUCCGAGGCGUGGAGAAGCACAUCCGAGCCCAGGGCUGGAACUUCGGGCAGUUUGAGGAGGACAUCCUGAGCAUCUGCCUCUCCCUCCUGGACCGAAGUCCCAGUCACCAAGACGACCCAGCUGCUGACGUGUCCCGCCGUCACGACCCCAUCUACAUCACCAGAGUCAUCAGCGCCAUGGUGAACAGCAACAACGACCGCGGUGUGGUGCAAGGCCAGUGGCAGGGCAAGUAUGGCGGCGGCACCAGCCCUCUGCACUGGCGCGGCAGCGUGGACAUUCUCCGCAAGUGGUUCAAGGGCAGGUUCAAGCCAGUCAAGUACGGCCAGUGCUGGGUCUUCGCCGGAGUCAUGUGCACAGUCCUUAGGUGCUUGGGGAUUGCAACGCGUGUUGUAUCCAACUUUAACUCAGCCCACGACACGGACAGGAACCUGAGCGUGGACAAAUACGUGGACUCCUUCGGGCGGACCCUGGAAGACCUGACAGAAGACAGCAUGUGGAAUUUCCAUGUCUGGAAUGAGAGCUGGUUUGCCCGGCAGGACCUGGGCCCCUCUUACAAUGGCUGGCAGGUUCUGGAUGCCACCCCCCAGGAGGAGAGUGAAGGAGUGUUCCGAUGCGGCCCGGCCUCCGUCACCGCCAUCCGUGAGGGCGACGUGCACCUGGCCCAUGAUGGCCCCUUUGUGUUUGCCGAGGUCAACGCGGACUACAUCACCUGGCUCUGGCAUGGCGACGAGCGCCGGGAGCGUGUGUACUCGGACACGAAGAAGAUCGGGAGGUGCAUCAGCACCAAGGCGGUGGGCAGUGACUCCCGAGUGGACAUCACAGGCCUCUACAAGUAUCCGGAAGGCUCCCGGAAGGAGCGGCAGGUGUACCGCAAGGCGGUGAGGAAGCUGUUCGGCGUGGACGCCUGUGGGAGGAGGGACCGGGUCCGCAGGGCCGGCGGCCGCGGUCUCUGGCGCGACGACCUCCUGGAGCCCGCCACCAAGCCCUGCAUCACCGGCAAGUUCAAGAUUCUGGAGCCGCCCGUGCUGGGCCACGACCUGAGUCUGGCCCUGUGCUUGGUCAACCUCACCUCCCGGGCCCAGCGGGUCCGGGUCAACCUGAGCGGGGCCACCAUCCUCUACACGCGCAGGCCGGUGGCAGAGAUACUGCGCGAAUCCCACUCAGUGAGGCUGGGGCCCGAGGAAGAGAAAAAGAUCCCAAUCACAAUACCUUACUCUCAAUAUAAGGAAGACCUGACGGAGGACAAGAAGAUCUUGAUGGCGGCCAUGUGCCAUAUCAUCAAGGGAGAGAAGCUCCUGGUAGAGAAGGACAUUACCCUGGAGGACUUCAUCACCAUCAAGGUUCUGAGCCCGGCCACAGUGGGAGUGGCCGUUGUGGUGGAAGUGAUGGUGGCCAACCCCCUCUUUGAGAAAGUGGAGGACUGUGUGCUGAUGGUGGAGGGAAGCGGCCUUCUCCAGGGACAGCUCAGCAUCAAAGUGCCCAGACUGGAGCCCCAGGAGAAGGCCUCCGUCCAGUUCAACAUCACCCCUUCCAAGAGUGGCCCAAGGCAGCUACAGGUGGACCUCGUCAGCCCCCACUUCCCAGACAUCAAGGGCUUUGUGAUCAUCCACGUGGCCACAGCCAAGUGA